AUGCAAGAGGAGUGGGGGAGGAGACUGAGAAGGCUGGGUACUGGGGUGACCACCUCAGGGGCGGGUUUACCCUCUCCGGGAGAGGAUGAGGAGCUGUCUCGUUCCCCCACAAAAGGAGAUAGAGACCCAGAAUGUCCUCUUAACCCCCUUCGUAUUUACCAGGUAAUUGCACCAGAGAAUACGAGGCAAUUAAUGGAAGAAGAAGAAAAUGAGGCCUAUACGGUUUUUCAGCACCUGAACAAGAUGCGGGAGUCUCUCCACACCUCCGCGAACAGACGACCCCCCGACAGCAGCCACUGCGGACACAGGACCCGGCUCCACACACCCCCUCCCCAAACAGCAGCGCGCAGCCUCUUCACCACCAAUCAAAGAGUAGGGGAGGGGGCACCCAGACAGUCAACAGGAACGCAGAGGCGACGGCAAGGCUGCUCGGAGUGUCUAUGCCCCCUCUGUUGCCGCUCCCGAACUCAGGCACGGUCUCCGACUCGGCCCCCUGCGCCCGCUCAGUGUCACUGCCUCUCGCUCUGGGAAAAUGGCGGCGACGGCGGCGGCGGCCGCGGCGGCGGCGGCGGCGGCGGCCGCGGCGGCGGCGGCAAGUGCACGGGGCCCGCCCGCCCCGCUCCGCAGGGGCAGAGGGGGAGGGGACGAAGCUGCCCGCCGCCAUUUUGCUUGUGGGCUGCCGCCCGCGGUUGCCUCUUCCAGAGAGGCUUGAAGAUAGCCAACUGGAGGCAGAGAUGUGGGCAGAACCUCCGUCUUUUUCACAACAGAUGCAUUCAACAAUUCACAGAAGUCUGGCCUCCAGCGCUGGGUGAACUCGGUUGGGGUGUCACUCGACGCCCACUAGGGGCUGUGGAGGCUCCAGUGCGCAGACUCCGGGCACCGGAUAAAAGCGGAGCUGGGGCGUCCAGCGCCGUCUCGAUGGAGGAGCGAGAAACGGAAGAGGUCGGGGGGAGAAGCAGCAGGAAAAGUACAGCCACCGUCAGCGCCGCUUUCCUGCCACCGUGUUUCGGGGUAAAAAGCUGCCGUUGCCGUCGGUGCAGUUGCCGUCGCUGCCUCCUACUUCUUUUGGCCCAGGGGAAGGAUUGUCCCCGCCGGCGGGACAGUGUGCGGGGUGGGGAGCGGGAGUUCCUUUAUGUGGUGGUGAUUAAACGAGGGAGGGACAGAGAGACGGUUAUCUCGAACAAAAAAAGGGGAAGCCAAAGAAUAAAACAAGGGUUUCCCCACUAAAAUAACACGUUGAUUCUUGUUCUUGUUUUCGGGGUCUUUCCCCCGAAAUGGCGGUUUCCGUCUUCUCGCUCCACAGACACCGGGAGCGCUUGGUAAGCGAAGUGGGGAGAGGCAGAGGCGGUCCGUGCAGCCAAUCAGUGCCUGAUGGGUUCUGUCGGGCGCGUCGUGAUUGGCUAGCGAUGACCUCAUGCUGCAGCAGCGGGUGGGGCCAGAGCCGUCGGGGGAGGCUGUUGCAAAGGCAGAGAGGGAGAAGUGACGAUGGUGAUCGUUGCUGCCGCGGCUGAUAUGGAACCCAAGCAGUGGCGAAGAGAAUCUCAAGGCUCUUCCCUGAGCAUUUUCUCCUGUCCCUGCGCGAGGUGAGGGCCCCGGCUCGGCCUCUGCGAAACUUUGGGGCGCUGGCGCGGACGAGGAGACGAAAUUCCUCCCAUGACUUUUGUAACUGCGUCAGGGCAAGAUGGCGCUGGGUCUCCUUGGGGCGCGGGGGGAGAGGCACGUCCACCGCCGCCGCAGCGCAUGUGACCGGGCUGCAUUCCUGUGGGGUUUGGCUCCGACCCAGGCUGGGGCGGGGGAGGGGAAAGGGCUUGGGCGGAGGAGACUGUGGUGCGGUCGGCGUUGGCGGCCUGAAGAGGAAGAGAUGACUGUUUGAGAGCGAUUCCCCUCCCCCAUAUAGCUUACAGUUGCGCCUGCGGGGGGAAAGCCUCUGGAGGGACACUCCUUACGGGGUGACGGCUGUUGGUGGUGGAGGUUUGGUGCCCUAUUUUCUUACCUACCUUUCUCCUUGCAAAGUUCUUACGUAAGGUGACAGGUUUCUAGUGUUGGAGUCGCAGUCAUCUGCGAGUCCCUGAGGGCCGCUGGAGUGAGU